AUGGGGAACACUUUAAUCUUGAUAUCUUUGUUUAGGACAGCUUCAAUUGCUCCGCCUUCUAAAGUACUUCUGGGUAGUCUGGCCUUAACAGAUUUAGGUGUGGGGCUGCUCGCGCAACCAUUGUACAUCGUGAAGAGUCUCUCCUCCGACAAAGACACAAAAUGUUUCCUUGGUUUACUCUUCGAUCUGUUGUCUGGUCAUCUCUCGAUCACUUCCUUCUUUACAAUGAUGUUUAUUAGCGUCGAUAAGUUCCUGGCGUUACAUCUAAAGCUACGCUAUCGAAUUGUUGUUACGCUCAAGCGCUCGAUUCUUGUUGUCGUUCUCGUUAGACUGGUUGCCUUGCCAUGGUCUCUAUCAUACAUCUGGUUUUCUGAAGUUUACUUCAUGUUAAUAUUAUCGAUUAUGCCAUGGUGUUUAUUGAUCUCCUCCCUUGCCUUUAUCAAAAUCCAUCGUAUCCUUCGACGACAGAAAAGGACAUAUCAAAACGAAACGCAGCUGGAAUCUGUGCGUCGAGCCAACAUCCUUAAAAUAUCCAGAUACAAGAAAUCAGUCAACAGCAUGUUAUUCGUUUUCUGUGCGCUGUUGAUUGCAUACGUUCCCGCGUGGAUGGUGAUUUUAUUACGAACCAUCUACGGGAAUACCGAGAUUUUGAAAAUGGCCACGAAAUUGACAAUGACUCUUAUACUUAUGAACUCCGCCUGCAAUCCCAUCUUAUACCUGUGGAGGAUGGAAGAUCUGCGU